AUUUAUCUCCACGAGGGGGAGACGUAGGAAGUUUGUGUUAAUAAGUGGGCCGGGCCGUUGCCGAUGGUAAAUUCUAAAAAUGACUUUGGACCUUUAGUAGUUCAUCUGCAGCUCUUAUCAAAAUGAUUUUGUUUGUCGUAUCAAUUUUUUAGUUUUAAGUGAUUUUAUGCUACUGUUGGAUCACCAUAAUAACAAUAUUGCCAAAAUUUGAGGCCCGUCAGAAUGUCUUUAAAACUUUACUACAACUUGAUGUCGCAGCCAUCAAGGGCGCUGUAUAUCUUUUUGAAAAAGAAUCAUAUCAAUUUUGAAGCAAAGAGUGUGAACCUGGCCAAAGGUGAACAGCGCUCAAAAGAGUUUAAGGCAAAUGUAAAUGCAUUUGGCCUAGUGCCUGCCAUUGAUCAUAAUGGAUUUAAGUUGACUGAAAGCGUAGCAAUUCUGAGGUAUUUUUGUCGUGAAAAUAAUGUGCCCGAUCACUGGUACCCAAAGGACAGUAAAUUGCAAGCUAGAGUCGAUGAGUACUUAGAGUGGCAACAUUUAAAUACACGAGCACAUUGCUUCCUCUAUGUCAGGGAAAAGAUCCUUUUGCCAAUUUUAAGUGGUCGCCCUCCAAAUAAGCAUGUAAUUAAGCAGAGGUUGGCGCAGAUGAAUGAAACUCUUGACAAAAUUGAAAACAUAUGGCUUCGAGACAGACCAUUCUUGGCGGGAGAUAAAAUUUCUAUCGCUGACCUACUUGGUGCAUGUGAAAUUGAACAACCACGAAUGGUGCACUAUAAUCCAGGGUUAAAUCGCCCAAAACUGGCUGCUUGGAUGCAGAGAGUGAAAAGCGAGCUUAGUCCACAUUAUGAAGAUGCUCACAAAAUAAUUGGAACUACUGCAAGGUACAUGUUUGUGUUUGACGCAUACUGUGUGUGGCUCAGGUUCAAGAAUUUAUUUGUGUCAAAUAAUAAAAAAUAAAUUAUCAAUAAAUUUGUGCAUUAUAAUUGACAUUGCUA